UUUAAGCGCACACGUUAGUCUGCCGUUACAAGCAUUUGAAGUCAGAGCCAAACCAAAAGCGAAACAAAUCGAAUAACCGCCCAACGGAAAACUGAAAGAAAAUCCAAAAGGCAGAGCUUUUUGCAUUGGGGUUGAAUUUCAAAUAAAACGUUGUAACGUUUGCGAUUUUGAAUAAAUAAAUUAAGUUGAAUUGAAUUGAGUUUAUUAAAAAAUUCGGCGAAAAAUCUAAAAUAAUCGACACUUGUAAAGUGAAAAAAUAAUUAAUUCAUAAAAAACGUAUUUUUCGAUAAGAUUGCAUGCAACAAUUGUAAACAAAAAAUUGCGUUACAACAAUUUUGUGUAAAAAAUAACCACAAACAAGAAUAGUUAAUGAAAUAAAAUCGUAAAAGAAAACGAACGCAAAAUAAAAUCCAAAAUACUUUCCUUCUUACCUACAUUACAACGACAGAGGCCUUGACAAGGAAGUGCUGAAAUUAAAAAAAAUACAUUUCUCGUUACAAAAAGAAAGAAAGAAAGAAAGAAAAAACAUAGUAAUGUUGUAAAAAAAUUAAAACAAAGUUAUUAAUAUUUAUAACAAACAAAUAAUUUGAGCAAAUAAACUCCAAAGGAGAACUCAAAAAACAACGAAUCAACUGAAGCUAAAGCAAUCCAUUAAUUCCGGCUAGACUGUUGAAAAUAAGGUGCUGUCGCAGAUAUCCAGUGUACAAUUGUUUAUACAUUUUUUUUUUACAAAGUGAAAGAUGAUCUGGAGAAUAGAAUUAGGCGUCCUUUUGACAUUCAUUUGUCAGGCGUUGAGCAUAAAAGUUUCCACAACUGGCUAUCACAUAUUACACAAUGAACAUGGUGUUGAUGCCUUUCCCCAACACAGAUACGUUCCUUCGGCACCAGGAUUUCCAGCAUCAGCAUUUGCGCUGCCAUUAGUAAGUAAUGCUGUGCCAACAGGUUUUGCUCCCACAUCACCAGCCCCAGCCAAUCCCUUUGUAACAUUGUCAACACAUGGUCCAUAUGGACCACAAUUCCCUCAGCCGGGCCGGGCCCAAUGUGCCGUACCACCGCCAGUGUGUGAAAAGUCUACAUAUCGUACUUUGGAUGGUUCAUGUAAUCACUUGGAACGUCCUCAACUGGGUAUGGCCAAUACACGUUAUGGCCGCCUCUUGUCGCCACGAUAUGCCGAUGGAGUCAGCGCUCCCACAGCCUCGGUAACGGGACAAGAUUUGCCCAGUGCUCGUUUGGUGUCAUUGGUAAUCUUUGGUGAAAUGGAUGUACCCGAUCCAGAAUAUACCCUCAUCAACAUGCAAUGGGGUCAGAUUAUGACACACGAUAUGUCUAUGCAGGCUGGUGGUACACAGUCCAAAAAACAUCCCACUCGUUGUUGUACCGACGAUGGCCGUUUGGUCGGUUUAGAUACCGCCCACAAAACUUGUUUCGCCAUUAUUGUACCAGAUCAUGAUCCAGUCUACUCUCAAGUUGGCACAGAGUGUUUGAAUUUCGUACGUACCUUAACCGAUCUGGAUGCUCGUUGUCCCGACUAUCGUGGCGGACCAGCUGAACAACUUACCACCGUCACGUCAUACAUGGACUUAUCAUUGGUCUAUGGCAAUUCCAUACAACAAAAUAGUCAAAUUCGUGCCUUCCAAGGUGGUCGCAUGAUUGUCGAGAGACGUAAUGGUGCCGAUUGGUUGCCAGCAUCGCGUAACGUUACCGGAGAUUGUGAUGCUAUCGAACCGACAGAAGUUUGUUACACCGCCGGUGAUAUUCGUGUCAAUCAAAAUCCUGGUCUUACCAUUUUACACACCAUUCUGUUGAGGGAACACAAUCGCAUUGCUGGAGAACUGGCUAAGUUGAAUCCUCAUUUUGAUGAUCGCACACUGUUCCAGGAGGCUCGUAAAAUCAAUAUUGCCCAAUAUCAAUAUAUCAGUUACUACGAAUGGUUGCCAAUAUUUUUGGGUGCCGAAAAUAUGCUUAAGAAUCGUUUGAUCUACAAGGUGCCCGAAAAGGCUCCAGUUAAUGAUUUUGAUCCCAGCAUUGAUCCAUCGGUGAUUAAUUCACAUGCCACAGCUGCUUUCAGAUAUUUCCAUUCACAAAUCGAAGGAAGAUUGGACUUGUUAUCAGAAUUGAGAUCAGUUUUGGGCUCAUUGCGACUAAGUGACUGGUUCAAUCGUCCCGGCAUCAUAGAAGUUGGCGACAACUUUGAUUCACUAACACGUGGACACUCAACACAGCCAGAAGAAUUAACCGACAUAAACUUCGACAGAGAGAUUAAACACUUCUUGUUCAGACGUAAUAUGCCAUUUGGUAGUGAUUUGAGAGCCAUUGAUAUCCAACGUAAUCGUGACCACGGUUUGGCCUCCUACAAUGACUUCAGACAAUUCUGUGGCCUGAGAAGAGCUCAGAGUUGGGAGGAUUAUACUGACCUCAUUGAUCGUGCGAUCGUUGAAAAGCUGAAAACACUGUAUCCCAGCCACGAAGAUGUUGAAAUAACCGUAGGUGGUUCAUUGGAGUCUCAUGUGGCCGGUGCAUUGGCUGGCCCAACAUUCUUAUGCAUUCUGACUGAACAAUUCUAUCGUACACGUGUUGGUGAUCGUUUCUUCUUUGAGAAUGGCGAAAAAUAUGUUGGAUUUACUCCAGAUCAAUUAGCCGAAAUUCGCAAGGCUAGUAUGGCUCGUCUAGUAUGUGACAAUGGCAAUAACAUUCAAUCGAUGCAACAGAAGGCUUUCCUAUUGGUUUCACCAAGCAAUCCUGUUGUGCCAUGCUCAAAUAUACCCCAAGUUGAUUUGACCAAAUGGAUUGACAAGAAACCACACUAUGGCAAAUAAUAAUAAUUAAAAACAAACUUUACUGACAAAUUUGUAUUUAUUUUAUAUUUUUCUUACUUAUAAAGGGUGAUUUUGCCUUCUAUCUGAAAAAAAUUAUUAAAACUAUAUAUUUUUUAUACACAAAUUCUUUAUCUAAAUAAUGUUUCGAAGUAUUUGGAAAAAAAAAAAACCAAAAUCAUACCGAUACUGUAUUUCUUGUUCCAUUCUACAUAGCUGCAAUUGUAAAUAUUAAUUUAAAUACACUUUAUAUUAAUUGUACAAAAUAUCAAUAGAUUUCUUCGUUAAAUGAAUUAAAUAAAUAUACUUUUUUAUAAUCAUAAAA